AUUAAUGUCUGGACACCAUUCCAGAGGAUUCGACAGCAGGAAACAAAAGAAAAUGAAGAAAUACUUGCUCGUAUUACUGCCUGAAAUCAAGUCUCAUCUAGCAGGAAAUGAAGCAGAAAAGCCUGUAAAAUGAGUGUCUAUGAGGAGAGAGAGGAAGAGAAACCUGCCUGUGAAAUGAGUGUGUGUGAGGAAAAAGAGCAGGACACUCCUGUAGACACUCAUAGAGCAGCAUCUCCAGGAUUCAGCUGUGUGUCUAUGAAGAGUAACAUCUCCAUGGAUAAGCCCCCUGGACUCAGUGAUGGACCUGCUGUUGGUGGGAGAGAUGACCAGAUCAGAUGUGUGUCCUGUCAGAAAUGCAAGUCCUCAUACUGUCACUGUCACAUCAGUCAUCAUGACACAGAAGCAGAUCUGCAGUUUGAUUUUCACCAACCAGUGCAUGAUGAUCUGCAGAGAGUCAAAGACCAGCACAAAACCAGCAUGAAGAGCAAGUAUGAGAGCUUAUUUGAGGAAAUCAAACUACAAGAGAAUCAAACCCUCCUGAACAGGAUUUACACACAGCUGUACAUCAUAGAGGGAGAAAGUGAAGGAGUGAAUGAAGAACAUGAGGUGCUACAGAUGGAGAAAAGACACAAGACCCUCCAAGACACUCCUAUUAACUGCAAUGACAUCUUUAAUCCUUUACCUGAACAAGAAUAUGAGGAGAAGACAAGAGAGAAGAUAAAAGAGAAGGGGAGAGAGAAGAGAAGAGAGAAGAAAGAAAAAAUAAAGACUGUUCUUACUAAAGGCAUCGCUGGAAUUGGAAAAACCGUCUCUGUGCAGAAGUUCAUUCUGGACUGGGCUGAAGGAGAAGUCAAUCGGGAUGUAGAUUUCAUGUUUGUGCUUCCAUUUCGAGAGCUAAAUUUGAUUAAAGAUCAUCAGUACAGUCUUCACAGACUUCUGCUUGACUUUCAUCCUGAACUUCAAGAUCUGGACUCAAAGAUUUAUGACAUAUGUAAAGUUAUGUUCAUCUUUGAUGGUCUGGAUGAAAACAGAAUUUCACUGAUGUUUUCAGACAGUCAGAAAGUUUCUGAUGUGUCUAAGAUUUCAUCAGUGAGUGUUUUGAUGUCAAACCUCAUGAGAGGAGAUCUGCUUCCCUCUGCUCUCAUCUGGAUCACCACUAGACCAGCAGCAGCCAAUCAGAUCCCCUCUAAAUACAUCAACCGUGUGACAGAAAUUCAGGGAUUCAAUGACCCUCAGAAGGAGGAAUAUUUCAGGAAGAGAAUCAGUGAUGAGCAUCAAGCCAGCAGAAUCAUCUCACACAUCAGAAGAGCAAGAAGCCUCCACAUCAUGUGUCACAUACCCGUCUUCUGCUGGAUCUCAGCCACUGUGCUUCAAAACCUCCUGAAACAAGAUCUCAGUGCAGAAAUCCCUCAAACUCUGACUGAAGUGUACAUCCACUUCCUCAUCAUUCAAACAAAUAUGAAGAGCCAGAAAUAUGAAGAGACAGAUCCAGAGAAACCCCUGCAGUCCAACAGAGAAGUGAUUGUGAAACUUGCUGAAGUAGCUUUCAAUCAGCUGAUGAAGGGCAAUGUAAUCUUUUAUGAGGAGGACCUGAGAGAGAGCGGCAUAGACGUCACUGACACCUCAGUGUAUUCUGGGAUUUGCACUGAGAUCUUUAGAGAAGAAUCUGUGAUUUAUCACAGGAAGGUUUACAGCUUUGUACAUCUGAGCUUUCAGGAGUUUUUUGCAGCACUGUAUGUGUUUUACUGCUAUUUACACAAGAACAGUGAGGUUUUGAACAUGUUCCUGACUAGAAAGUCCAGAAUCCAGUGUGAAAAUGUUCCUCUGGAUGAGUUUCUGAAGGGAGCAAUGACUAAAGCCUUGAGCAGUAAAAAUGGACACUUGGAUCUUUUCCUUCGAUUUCUUCAUGGCAUCUCACUGGAGUCUAAUCAGAGACUCUUACAGGAUGUACUGAUACACACAGAGACCAACCCAGAGAUCAUCAAGAAUAUAAUCUACACCCUCAAAAAAGAUAAAAAAAAUGAUGUCAGUCCUGACAGAUGGCUAAAUCUGUCACACUGCUUGAUUGAGAUGAAGGAUAACUCUGUUGUUAAAGAAAUGCAGACAUUUUUAAACUCUAAAACAAAAAGUAAAAGUCUUUCUCUUACACAAUGCUCAACUUUGGCAAACAUGAUACUGAUGUCAGAGGAGGUGCUGGAUGAGCUUGACCUUAACAAGUACAACAUUUACCCACGAGAGGGUCGAUGGAGACUGUUACCUGCUGUGAGGAACUGCAGAAAAGCUCUAUUGGCAGGCUCUAAUCUUACAAUUCAGCACUGUGAAAUUGUGGCUUCAGCUUUACAAUCAUCAAACUCCCCGCUGAGAGAGCUGGACCUGAGUAACAAUGACCUGCAGGAUUCAGCAGUGAAGUUACUGUUUGCUGGACUGAAGAGUCCAAACUGUCAACUCAACAUACUGAGAUUGGCAAUCUGUAAUCUCAUUGAUCAGCACUGUGAAACUAUGGCUUCAGUUUUACAAUCAUCAAACUCUUCUCUGAGAGAGCUGGACCUGAGUAACAAUGACCUGCAGGAUUCAGGAGUGAAACGGCUGUGUGCUGGACUGAAGAGUCCAAACUGUCAACUCAACAUACUGAGAUUAUCUGGCUGUAUGGUGACAGAAGAAGGUUGUGCUGCUCUGGCAUCAGCUCUGAGUUCAAACCCCUCACACCUGAGAGAGCUGGAUCUGAGCUACAAUCACCCAGGAGUUUCAGGAGUGAAGCUGCUCAACCACCUGAAAAAACUCAAGUAAGCUGAGCAGUAACAAUCAUU